CACCAUGUCGUAUAAUCGACUAGGUAUGUAUCAUCCUCUCCAAGUCCUAGUCACUUCUUUGCCUUUUGCCCUCCCUUUCACUACUAUUCUUUGGUGCCGCAUACAAGCUUUGUGAGCAGUCACAGCCUCCAUCGUUCGCCUAUGUACAACUUCGUUACCAAUAAUAUCCUAUUGUGUAAAGAACAAGUACUGUUUCGACUUUCUUUUGUCCCAUUAAAGGCGACGUAAAUUCAGUGGCGCAGGCGACACACGUAGCUCGGAGAGCUUGGCUACCCUUAUCUAAUACAUACCUAUCCCACAACCGUGAAGUGUCGGCUUGAGCUAGACUAAUUCUUACAAACACCUUCUCUAUAGACGACGACUACUACGAUCCUACGAUGGAUAACAAUCAUAGAAUAGGACGUACGCCUUCGCCAGGCCAGCCUCUUCAACAUGGAUAUCAGCUUGAUGAUGUGCCAUACGGACAUCACGCAACACCUGCCAGUAACCUCGACAUACCUGGUGGCCCAGGAAGAUAUACCCCGAGCGAUGUUCUUCCAUUAAACGCUGCGCACUCUACCGACACCCUUUCGCAGAGUCCGUAUGGGCAUGGCCAAGGCUACUCCGAAUAUGCUGUCAACCCUGAGCAGCACCAUGAUGCAUAUUAUAACCAGCCCUAUGAACCACACACUACCACCACACCAUUCAGCGAUCAGCACGCAUAUGAAUAUGAUGACCAGCGGCCAAUGCUCGCACAGAAUGACCCUUAUGCGCCAGGGGGUCAACCACAGCAAGAACCCUACAGGGACGAACCACGUAACGCACCAAUCAAGAGAUGGAAGACGGUAAAGCAGGUGCUCCUAUACCGCGGUAACUUGGUUCUUGACUGCCCAGUACCACCGCGACUCUUGAACCAGCUUCCCCACGGCGAACGCGAUGAGUUUACCCACAUGCGAUAUACAGCAGCUACUUGCGACCCGAAUGACUUUUUCGAUGAGAAUUUCACUUUGCGCCAAAAGCUUUUCAGCAAGCCGCGACAUACGGAACUCUUCAUUGUGAUUACCAUGUACAACGAAGAUGAUAUCCUCUUUGCGCGGACCAUGAUUGGUGUUUUAAAAAACAUCGAGUACAUGUGUAACCGGAAAGAGAGCAAAACUUGGGGGCAAGAUGCCUGGAAGAAGAUUGUUGUGUGUGUCGUGAGCGACGGGCGUGCGAAGAUCAAUCCCCGAACGAGAGCGCUCCUUUCCGGUAUGGGUGUUUAUCAAGAAGGUAUUGCGAAGCAACAGGUCAACAGCAAGGAUGUCACGGCGCAUAUCUACGAGUACACUACACAAGUCGGCAUGCAGAUCAAGAACGACGUAGUACAGCUGAUACCCAAAAAGCAGCCAGUGCAGAUGCUAUUCUGCUUAAAGGAAAAGAAUCAAAAGAAGAUCAACUCUCAUAGAUGGUUCUUUCAGGCAUUUGGUAAAGUUCUCAACCCAAACAUUUGCGUGCUUAUCGACGCUGGUACCAAACCGGGCGGAAAUUCGAUCUACCAUCUAUGGAAAGCCUUUGACCUUGAACCCAUGUGCGCUGGUGCUUGUGGUGAAAUUAAGGCUAUGUUAGGACGAGGCGGCAAGGAAUUACUGAAUCCGCUCGUUGCGACACAGAACUUCGAGUAUAAGAUGAGUAAUAUCCUCGACAAGCCGCUCGAGUCAGCUUUUGGUUUUAUCUCUGUCUUGCCCGGUGCUUUCUCUGCAUAUCGGUAUGUCGCUCUGCAAAACGACAAGAAUGGGCUGGGCCCGCUGGAGAAAUAUUUUAAGGGCGAGACCCUACACGGAGCCGGUGCAGGUGUUUUCACGGCCAACAUGUAUCUGGCUGAAGAUCGUAUUCUCUGUUUCGAGCUAGUCACGAAGCGCAACUGCCACUGGAUCUUGCAGUAUGUGAAGUCUGCAACGGGCGAAACGGACGUACCUGAUUCCGUCACCGAACUCAUCUUGCAACGUCGCCGUUGGCUCAAUGGCUCCUUUUUUGCUGCCAUCUACGCUAUCGCGCAUUUCUAUGAAUUCUUCCGUUCGGAUCAUUCUAUUCUUCGUAAGCUGAUGUUCUUCUUGGAAUUCGGCUUUCAGACUUUCAACAUGAUCUUCGCCUGGUUUGCUAUUGGCAACUUUUUCCUGGUUUUCAAAAUCUUGACGACAAGUCUCGGAGACGAUAAGCUACUUGGUCAGGUUGGUGAUAUUCUUGGUGUAGUUUUUGAAUGGUUCUACGGUAUUUCCCUAAUGGCUUGCUUUGUUCUAUCCAUGGGCAAUCGUCCAGCUGGUUCGGGCAAGCUGUACACCGCUAUGGUAAUUUUCUGGUGUGUGAUUAUGAUAUAUCUCACGUUCGCCGCGGUUUUCAUCACCGUUAUCGCUGUCCAGGAGCAAGUCGCGAAAGGCUUCAAUAUCAGCGACAUAUUUAAGAAUAAGCUCUUCUACUCGCUCAUUGUCUCGAUGAUGUCAACUUAUGGUCUGUGGCUAAUCGCCUCGCUCAUGAUGUUCGACCCAUGGCAUAUGAUUACUUCUUUCCUGCAAUAUCUACUUUUGACACCCACCUACGUCAAUGUUCUGAACGUUUACGCGUUUUGCAACACGCAUGAUAUAUCAUGGGGUACUAAAGGAGAUGAUAAAGCUGAAGAACUGCCUACGGUCGACACGAAAGACGGCAAGGGUAAGACCGAUUUGCCUGACGAAGGAGAUUUGAAUGCUCAGUAUGAGAGAGAACUGGCGGUAUUUGGCAAAAAGCACGUAGACGUUAAAAAGCCACCAAAUGACGCCCAAAAAGCUGAGGCUCAGAUGGAUUACUACCGCUGGAUUCGUUCUCUGGUCGUUCUUAUCUGGAUGAUCACCAACUUUGGUCUAGUGGCUCUCGUGCUUAGUACUGCUGGCCUCGAGAGACUCAACCCUCAACAGACGGAAGAUAACCAGGAUUAUCGUGCAACACUGUAUAUGACGAUCAUCCUGUGGAGUGUUGCUGGACUUAGCGCUUUCAAAUUUAUCGGCGCAGUUUGGUUUCUCAUCGUUCGUAUGUUUAGGGGCGUUUAGAGAUCUAUCCGCGGGUUGGUUUCGGAUUCUUUUUUUCAAGGAACCAGCCGAUUGUCAUUUCUGUAUGCGGAAGCUUGGGUGGCAUGCCUGCGUUGGCGUCCCCAAGGGGUAUUACGUGUACUCUGAUGGUUUGGGAGUAAUGGGGAACGACUUUUAUCACAAUUAUUUCAAUAUUGCAAUGCCUACCUAGGCGUUCACUAUUACUUCGUCACAUCUUCUACUCGCUGCUUUGGUUUUUCUUGUAGGCUUGUAAACGACCAUGGCUUCUUAAGGGCGACGUUUUUCUAUGCCUGGAUAUUUUUCCCCAUCUUCUUUUCCGCAAUUCUUUCUUCUUUUAUAUAUACCCCCUUUUUGUGUAGAAGAGACGCAACGAAACGAAACGAAACGAUAGCAGCACUGGACUUUGCGCUUAUGUUUGGAAAGGAAGGAAUAGGUUGUGGUAUAGUUGAUUAGGUACCUAGUUGGUUGUAUGGUAGACAACAAGGGAAGGGAAGGGAAGGAGGGAUAAGUUUCGAGUUUUGUAUUUAAUGUACCUAGUAAAGAGUCUGAGACGAAUAUAUGAUGAGGUUUGCUGGUGUUGCUGGAGUAUGAAUUCAAAAUUUUCUCUUGA